AGAACAAAGAAAGAACAAAAGAAAGGAGGAAAGAAUAAAAGGAAGAUAGGAAGGUAAGAAAGGAACACCCCGAAUUUUCCUCAUAAUUGAGCAGAGUAAGAAAUGGCUGAUCAAAUAUACAUUAUGGUUUCUUUACUACAAACAUAGAGACAAGAUCAUAAAGUUUUAUUUUCCCUUAAAAGGAACCAAUAAUAGGAACUGUGAUAGAGCGGGAGGUCAGAUUUACAAGGGCAGGGAGAGCUUAGAGACAGAAAGUAAACACACCACAGUAUAUUUUGUGUUUAUGUGCCUGUAGCCCAGGUAGGCAGGAGUAAGAAAAUCUGCACUGGUCGUCCUCUAAGCCCUUCCUCAUGCACCUUUGGGUUCCAAGAAACACCCUGUGAAAUUGAUCCCACGGGUAUUAUCUCCACUGAGGAAUUAAAGCUCAAAUGUCUUAAAACCACACAACUAAGAUUUAACACACUGUUAUAUAAUGGAUAAGACAGGAGACAGUGGUGCCGGACCCAGCUUGAAUUUCCAGUUCUACUAUUAAUUAUUUAUGAGACUUUGACGUGUCACUUAACCUGCUUCCUCCUAUUUAAAUGAGAACAAUGGGCACUCUCUGCACAGUUUCCUCGCCCUCCUCGAAAUGUUCAGCAGACCUUGUGCCGUCUCCAGAAAUCUGACUUGGCUGGACCUCACACAAGCCUGGUCUGGACUUUCCCCUUGGCAUUUUCUCCAAUGCAGAGCCUCCUCUUCCGCUGCAGGGCCGUCUCCAAUGUUCCAGCUGACAGCCACCCCAGCCAGUGCGCUUUCUGAUGAGCCCGUGCACAUCCGAGCCACAGGCCUGCCUCCGUUGCAGCUGGUGACCCUCGCGGCAUCUCUGAGGGAUGAGAAGGGACACCUGUACCGGUCCAAAGCCUUCUACAGGGCUGACGAGGCCGGUGAGCUGGACCUGAAGCAGGCUCCUGCAGUUGGAGGCGACUAUGUGGGGGUCCAUCCCAUGGGCCUCUUCUGGUCUAUGAAGCCUGACAGGCCUUUCGGGAGGCUGCUUAAGAGGGAUGUGAACAGCCCCUUUGUGGUCACUCUGGACUUAUACGACUCAGUUUGCUCCCACGAUUCAGCCACGGCUCAGCCCCGGGCCAGCCAGGUGGUGCAGCGCUGGUUCCACAGCCCCGGGACGCAGCGGGUGCCCAUCCGAGAAGGCCGCGUGCGGGGAGCCCUUUUUCUCCCUCCAGGGGAAGGCCCUUUCCCAGGAAUCGUGGAUAUGUUUGGGGGUAUAGGGGGUCUAGUUGAAUUCCGAGCCAGCCUGCUGGCUGCCCAUGGCUUUGCAGUCCUGGCAUUAGCAUACUUUGCCUAUGAGGACCUGCCUAAGCACAUGCAGGAGCUGGACCUGGAAUAUUUCGAGGAAGCUACCAACUUGCUACUAGCUCAUCCCAAGGUCCGAGGGCCAGGCAUCGGAGUGCUUUCCGUGAGCAAAGGUGCAGAGAUCGGGCUGGCCAUGGCCUGCUUCCUGAAGCAGGUGGUCGCCACCGUCUGCAUCAAUGGGCCUACUGCCCUCUAUGACUUUCCGUUCAGGUACAGGGGUCUGGUUAUGUCACCCAUUCCCUCGUUUCUGGAGCUGAUGCGGGUGCACGUCUCAGGGGCUGUGAGCCUCCUCCACUACAGGGGGGACCCCCGGGAGAAGCUGAAUCAGCGGAGCGUGUUUCCUAUCGAAAAGGCCCAGGGUCAGAUCCUCUUCAUUAUAGGAGAGGAUGACCAAUCGAUCAAUAGCAAAGAAUAUGCUAAGCAGGCCCUGGAGCAGCUGAAGAGCCAUGGGAGAAGCAAUGGAAGGAUGCUGCUCUACCCAGGGGCAGGCCACCUUCUAGAGCCGCCCUAUGCUCCUCUGUGCUAUGCAUCCCGUAUUUACCCCGUUUCUGCUCCCCUUAAUAACCCCAUUGCCGGGUCCUAUAAUUACUCCUUUUCUCAACCCCUGCUCUGGGGAGGGGACCCCUCUGCGCAUGCUGCAGCCCAGGAGCACGCCUGGGGAGAGAUCCAGAAAUUCUUCAGGCAACACCUCACUCAAACCAGAAGCCAGCUCUGACCGCUGAGGCUGAGAUGGAGGAGGAUAAGGCAGGGAUGUGGUGAGGAGAGGGGCCCUUCUGAUUUCUCUAUAUUCACAAUCAUCUUGAAUGAA